CUGCGCCGUGCCGAGCUGGAAAAUGGCUGUGCGCAAGAGCAGGGAGUUAUGAACGGCAGACGAAAGAAGGAGCGCGAGGAGGACGGCGACGCCAGCGCGUGAAGCUACAGGUUGGCCGACAGGUUUCCACGAGGAGCCAGCGCGCGCACAUUAUUAAGAAAAAAAGCAGAUAAAGCAGAGCUCCGCCACUUUGAAGGUUCCAGCUCCGGAGCCCAAAGUGCGAAGAAACAUCCGCGGAUGAAGCUACACCGAUGAGGAUGAUAAGUGGGCCGAUGUUAGCAGCUUGUUGGUGGAUAAAUCUGAAUCUGUGUCUGUGUUGGCUGAUGAGUUCAAACCAGGUUUCAGGUCGGCCACAGUUCCAGCCCAGAACGUGUUGCGGCUCUGAGGGAACCGGACAGGACUCGGCCGCCCGUCCUCCGAUCAGACCGCUGGAUUUGACCGCGGAGAGCCAGCAACGCAGGGCCCUCGACCUGAACCAGGCUGCUCCAGUAGCAGCCAGACGGCGGGUUUCUGCUGCCUGAAGGAGCAUGUUGCCGACGCUGUCCCUCUGCUCCAUCAUCUGGCUCAACCGGGGUAUCAAGCUGAGGAAAGUGUCCACCAACACCGGCCAGCUCUGAGACCGCUGCCACGCCACAGCAGCACAGCGCCACCUGAUCACCUUUUAAACAUGCUCCUCAGCUUCGGGUGACUUCCCCUCCUCCCCUCCUCCCCCUGACCCGUUAGGCCACGGUACCAGCACCAGACUGCAGUGACUCAUCUUUGGUUUCUGAGGAGGACUUGUGCACAGCUCAGUGGGACUCGGGCUGCACCAUUUAAUCCUCCGUUCGGUGGCCAUUUUAAUUUUUGACUCUGUUACAAAAUGGCGGCGGAAGGUUUCCAGUACCGUGCCCUCUAUACGUUUACCAAGGACCAGGAGGAGGACUUGGACCUGCAGCCGGGAGACCUCCUGACGGUCAGCAAGGCGUCUCUGAUGUCCAUGGAGAGCUUCCAGGAGGGCUGCGUGGAGCAGCCCGAGCGCCUGGGCUGGCUCCUCGGCUACAACGAGCGCACCAAGCAGAGGGGCGACUUCCCCGGGACGUACGUCGAGUACGUGGGACCCAUCAAGAUGACGCAGCCGUCGAGUCAACCCAGAUCCCAGCGACCGCUCCCCGCCGCUCCCAGACCGGAACCGGCUCCAGCUGUGUCGGUGCCGGACCUGAGCGAGCAGUUCACGCCGCCGGAGACGGCUCCCCCGGCCCUCGUCGGCCUGAUCCAAGCCAUAGAGAGGAGAGGUCUGGACUGUAAGUGGCUGUACCGGUCAGUCGGCUCCGCAGACAGCCCGGCCUACGGCCUGAGCUCCGAGAGCGACGUGGGUCAGAGGGAUGUCGGCUACCUGUCUGAGAGCGUCCUGCACUACCUGAGAGACCUGCCGUCACCAGUCAUCCCUCCCUGCAUCUACCCACACCUGCAGACUGCUGUGAUGCAGCAGCAGGUCCUGCAGCAGUCGACAGACGGAGCGGUCGCUGGUAGCUGUGACAGAGAGGUGAGCUUGGUCCUGGAGAGUUCCACCGCCGUCCCCCUCCACCACCGCCUCACCCUGCAGUACCUCCUCACUCACCUGGCCAAGGUGGCCCAGGCUCAGGCCAGCAACGACCUGGACACGCACACGCUGGGGAAGAUCUUCGGCCCGCUGCUGGUCCGGACGGGCCCCUCCACCCCUUGGUUGCCGUCAGAUGAGGAGUUCCCUGCCUUGGUGGUGGAGAGGCUGCUGAUAGAGAGGACCACAGAGCACAACCUCACUCCUCCAGUUCUCCCAGCGAAGCCAGUCAAGUCCAAAAUGACGCCGGCGGCCAUGACGGACACGAGCAGCCUGCUGAACGACGCAGAGUGGUACUGGGGGGAAAUUUCCAGAGAGGAGGUGAAUGAGAAGCUGCGAGACACUCCAGACGGGACCUUCCUGGUGCGAGACGCCUCCAGCAAACUGGAGGGCGAGUACACGCUCACCCUCAGGAAAGGAGGGAACAACAAGCUGAUCAAGAUUUACCACCGAGACGGGCGCUACGGUUUCUCAGAGCCGCUGACCUUCCUGUCUGUGGUGGAGCUCAUCAAUCACUACCGCCACGAGUCCCUGGCCCAGUACAACGCCAAGCUGGACACCAAGCUCCUGUACCCCAUCUCCAAGUACCAGCAGCUGGUGAAGGAAAACAGCAUAGAGGAGGUGGGAGAGCAGCUGAAGGUGUACCAUGAGCAGUACCAGGAGAAGAACCGCGAGUACGACUCCCUGUACGAGGAGUAUACGCGCACCUCACAGGAGCUGCAGAUGAAGCGCACAGCCAUCGAGGCCUUCAACGAGACCAUCAAGAUCUUUGAGGAGCAGUGUGAGACCCAGGAGCGCUACAGCAGAGAGUCUCUGGAGAGGUUCCAGCGCGAGGGCAACGAAAAGGAAAUCCAAAAGAUCCAGACCAACUCAGAGCGGCUGAAGUCUCGCGUGAAGGAGAUCCAUGACAGCAAGCGGAAGCUGGAGCAGGACUUAAGGCAACAGGUGUCUGACAACAGAGAGAUCGACAAGAAGAUGAACAGCCUGAAGCCGGAUCUCAUCCAGCUGCGCAAGAUCAGAGACCAGUACCUGAUAUGGUUGACACAGAAGGGAACGAGGCAGAAGAAGAUCAACGAGUGGCUGGGCAUCAAGAACGACGCAGAUGACUCCUACUCGCUGGAGGAGGACGAGGGCUCGCCCCACCACGAUGAGUGUACCUGGUACGUGGGCGACAUCAAGCGCACCGAGGCCGAGAACAUGCUGAGAGGGAAAUGCGAUGGAACCUUUCUCAUCCGCGAGAGCCAAUCGCAGAAGGGCUCCUACGCCUGUUCAGUGGUUGUGGAGGGCGACACCAAGCACUGCGUCAUCUACAAGACGGCCACCGGCUUCGGCUUCGCUGAGCCCUACAACCUGUACUCGUCCCUCAAAGACCUGGUGCUCCAUUACAAGAACGUCUCCUUGGUCCAACACAACGACCAGCUGAAUGUAAAUCUGGCCUACCCAGUCCUGGCCCGCUCUCAGAACCAGAACCAGCACCCCAGAUGAGUUCUCCACCAGCAGUGCAGGACGCCAGCCGGGGUGGGAAACGAGACUUUCACUCAUAUGCAUUGGGAACCAAUAAUCCCCUGGACAACGCUUGCUUGUGUGUUUAGAAGUGGCAGG